AUGGCAAGUGUGAUCAUGGCCUCAACCUUCAGCUCAAUCUCAGUCAACAGAACCGGCGGAGAUUGCAAUAAGUGGAGUAGUACUAACAGGCAACGUCGUGGUAUGAAAUUAAAGGCAAUGCGGAUAGAGAAACCUCUGGAGGAAUUGUACCAAGUGAGAGUGGAACGAAAGGUGUCACCGGAGAGACUAGCAGAGCUUGGAGUUUCAAGAUGGUCAAUGUGGAAGACUGGAAAGUGCAAGCUACCAUGGGACUGGCAGGUGGACCAACUGGUUUACAUUGAGGAAGGAGAGGUGAGAGUUGUGCCUGAAGGAAGCAAGCAAUAUAUGCGAUUUGUUGCCGGAGAUCUUGUUCGUUACCCUAAGUGGUUGGAGGCUGACCUCUUCUUUAAUGGUCCAUACCAAGAGCGUUACAGAUUCCGAGCCUAUGGAGAUGAUUAA